CCUGUUAUGAUUUUGUAUUUCUUUUAUUUUUGCACGUGUGGCUACUAUUAAAUCAUAGUCUUAUAAUCUUUUUAUCAACUUUUUUUUUUUUAAGUUUGACCUAAAAUUGGGUUAUGUUUUGAACAAGCCUGUUUUGCUUUCAUAAUAUCUUGUUAAAUUAUGUCAUACUCGUAGUACGUUUUGCUUUUUGUGUUUUUAGUUUGAAAAGAGCCACCAGCAAGUACUUCCGCUGUCCUCUGGUCACGUGACGUGUGUGUCCUUGGUUUGCUAAUUUUGACAUGUGAGCAGCAGAAACAUGUCUUUCCCUAAAAAGCCAGGGGAUAAAGCGUUGGAGGUUUUGAAGAGUCUUCCGCGGAUUAGUUUAGCAAACCUUCGGCCUGAGCCUGGAGCCAAGAAGCUGGGUAAACGACGGGGCAGAGGACAGCACGGAGGCAACAGAAGCGGCCGAGGUCACAAAGGAGAGCGGCAGAGAGGAACCCGUCCCCGGCUUGGGUUUGAGGGGGGUCAGACCCCCUUUUAUCUGGCCAUCCCAAAAUAUGGCUUCAACGAAGGACACAGUCGGCGUCCACAAUACCAGCCUCUGUCCCUGAAACGACUCCAGUACUUGAUCGAUCUGGGCCGGGUAGACCCCACCCAGCCCAUAGACCUGACCCAGCUUGUCAAUGGCAGAGGAGUAACGGUCCAGCCUUUAAAAAGAGACUAUGGAGUCCAGCUGGUCGAUGAGGGCGCAGAUAUUUUUGCGGCAAAGAUCAACAUAGAGGUUCAGAGAGCGUCCGAAGGGGCCAUAGCUGCUAUAGAGAGGAACGGAGGGGUCAUCACCACCACUUUCUACGACCCCAUCAGUCUAGGAAUCCUCAUCAAGCCCGUCCCGUUCUUCAUGCGUGGGCAGCCAAUCCCGAAGCGGAUGCUCCCCGGGGAGGACAUGGUCCCGUACUACAGAGGUGCCGAAAACCGGGGUUACCUAGCAGAUCCGGAGAAAAUCCAGCAGGCCCGGCUGGCCCUGGCACAGAAGUACGGCUACGUGCUGCCGGACAUUUCAAAGGACGAACUAUAUCACAUGCUGGCCAUGAGGAAGGAUGUUCGACAGAUCUUCUUUGGCCUCUCUCCAGGAUGGGUGGUGAACAUGCCCGAGAAGAAAAUCCUCAAACCAACUGAUGAGAAACUGCUGAAAUACUACAUGACGCUGGACAGCCUCGUGUCCGAGCACAACUGGCCCGUGCUGCAUGAUGGAAGGAACGUGAACUGUAACAGCCACUUCGAGCUCUGCGCAAACUCCUACGAGAGCGAGGAUUCUGGACCCGGGGCCCGGAGGGGCGAGGUGAGAUCCCCGUGCUCGGGGCCCUCCAGCCCGCUCUCCGUCCACUCGGACUCCAGCUGCGCCAGUCCAGAGGCCAAGUCCGGCCCGGCCCAGCAGAGGGUCCGGAGGCCCCUGAACGCCUUCAUCAUCUGGACCAAAGAGGAGCGCAGGAGGCUGGCGCAGCUCAACCCGGACCUGGAGAACACGGAUCUGAGCAAAAUCCUCGGAAAGACCUGGAAGGCCAUGUCUUUGGCUGAGAAGCGCCCCUACAUGCAGGAGGCCGAGCGCCUGAGGGUCCAGCACACCAUCGACUACCCCGACUACAAGUACCGGCCGCGGAGGAGGAAGCAGCUGAAGAAGAGCUCCAGGCCCCAGAUGCCCGACGCCGCCCCCCCCCCAGCUCUGCCCCUCGGGCUUCAGGGUGCCCUACAACCUCACAACCAGCCGCAGCCAUUCCACAGCCUGCCCGAUUUCCAGCACGCUCCUCUACAGGCCGGGUACCCGAACCCUAAAGUUUCUGGAGACCCUUUCUCCGGCGGGUACCCGAACCCCCCGCCGUACCAGAUGGAGCCCCAGGCGUAUUACGGGUUCUCCGCCCAGACCCAGCCUUUCCUGGAUCAGAGGGAUCCAGGGGGCCUCGGGGUCCAGCAGGGCCCCCCCGGGGCCUCCCUGGACUUGUACCUGGAGCAGGCUCAGCUGGACAUGCUUUACGACCUGGACCGCAGCGAGUUCGAACAGUACCUGGGCCCCGGCCCUCACAGGCCCGAGUCGGCAGAUCCCGGCCGCGACCACUAA